CCGUACCUGGGAGCGGACGGCGCCGGAGGCGCACGUACCUCCCAUGGCUCUGGCGACCCCCGGGCCCCACGGAGGGACAAGUGCGCCCCCAACCCCCGCAGGACUGGACCCUCGACGUCGGAGCGCGCUGCCUCUGCCCUUGUUGCUGCUCCUGCUGACCUCCUGGUGCUCAGGUCCUGUGGACUGCAUCCAGGUGACAGUGUCCAACCCCUUCCAAGUGGUGAUCCUGUUCCAGCCAGUGACCCUUCCGUGCUCCUAUCAGCUAUCAGGGGUGCCCACUCCCCCCAUCGUCAUCUGGAAGUAUAAGUCCUUCUGUCGGGAUCGAAUCGCUGAUGCUUUCUCUUCGGCCAGUGCUGACACCCAGCUCAAUGCCCAGCUCGCUGCCGGCAACCCAGGCUACAACCCCUAUGUGGAGUGCCAGGAUAGCAUCCGGACGGUGAGGGUGGUGGCCACCAAGCAGGGGAACGCUGUGACUCUGGGAGACUACUACCAAGGGCGGCGGAUCACCAUCACUGGCAAUGCUGACCUGACCUUUGAUCAGACUGCCUGGGGAGACAGUGGCGUCUACUACUGUUCUGUGGUCUCUGCCCAAGACCUCCAAGGCAACAAUGAAGCUUACGCUGAGCUCAUCGUCCUUGGCAAGACCUCAGGGGUGGCUGAACUCUUACCAGACUUUCAGAUAGGGUCCAUGGAAGAUUGGCUCUUCGUGGUGGUGGUUGUUCUGGCCUCCUUGUUGGUCUGCCUCCUCCUGGGCAUCUGCUGGUGCCAGUGCUGCCCCCACACGUGUUGUUGCUAUGUACGCUGCCCCUGCUGCCCAGAGAAGUGCUGCUGCCCUGAGGCCUUGUAUGCUGCGGGCAAAGCUGCCACCUCUGGGGUCCCAAGCAUUUACGCACCCAGUGUCUAUGCACCCAGCACCUAUGCUCACCUCUCUCCAGCCAAGGCUCCUUCCCCUGCACCCAUGAUCCCUCUGGUUCCUAUGCACAACGGCUUCUCGGGGGAUUUUGACCGACAGAGCUCAGUUGGUGGCCACAGCUCCCAGGUGCCCCUUCUUCGUGACACAGACAGUGUCAGAAACUCAGAAGUCCGAAGUGGCUAUCGGAUCCAGGCCAACCAGCAGGAUGACUCCAUGAAGGUGCUCUAUUACAUGGAGAAGGAACUUGCCAACUUCGACCCUUCCCGGCCUGGGCUGCCCAAUGGCCGAGUGGAGAGGGCCAUGAGUGAAGUGACUUCCCUUCACGAAGAUGACUGGCGUUCUGUCCGUCCCCACCGAGGCCCUGCCCUCACCCCCAUCCCGGAUGAAGAGCGGGACUAUCGCUCCCAAAGGAGCCCAGCAGGCUGGGAACGAGACCGUCCCCGGGAUCGGAAUGGAGGCUGGGGGGCCGGGCGGCCCCGAGCCCAUUCAGUAGAUGCCCUGGAUGACUUGGCCAGGCCCAGCUCUGCGGAAUCAGGAAGGACAUCCCCCUCAGAAAGGGGCCGGAGCAGGGCUUAUGCCCCUCCUCGAAGCCGUAGCAGAGACGACCUCUACUCCCGAUCUGGAGACCCCUACUAUGAUGACUUCAGGUCCAGGGGACGACCCUUGGAUGACCCCCGCCGGGGCCCACACGAAAGCCACAGCCGGGCCAGAGACCCCGAGUAUGACGGGCGGAUCUUGGAAGAGGUGCUGAGAAAAAAGGGGGUGGGGGAGAGGAGGAGACCCUACAGGGAAGAGGAAGAAGAGCCCUAUUACCCCCCACCCCCACCUCCCUACUCUGAAACCGAGUCACAGUCUUCCCGCGAGAGGAAGCUCAGGAAGAACCUUGGCCUGAGCCGGGAAAGCCUGGUGGUCUGACCCGUCGCGGUUCUCCUCUCCGACUUUUGUAGUUUUUGUAUGUUUUUUAAUGUUUGUGUGUCUGGGGGGGAGGGGGAGGGCGUCUCUAGCGUAUGCUCAAUAAAGUUUUUAAUCACUCGGC